AGUGGAAUUUAGCUGAUAUCAAUAAAACUCAUUUUGGUCAACACUUAUAUUACAAGUUGCCUAAUUUUUUGAUUCAUUCAAUCGCUAUUGAAUAAAAAAGUUUGUGUUUUCCCAUUAUUGUGAUUAUUAUUAUACAGUUUUUUCCAUGUGGGCACAACGCACGCAUAGUCAUUUGAUACAUUAAAUAAAUGGAUAUGAUUAUUUUAAGCUGUAAUCAUAAAUGAAACUAAUCAAAUCAUAUACACAAACCAAACUGAACAAGAAAAGCACAUGAGUUGUGAUUAUUUUCCUUAAUUUGAAAAUGAAAGCUCUCAUGAACCCAAUAAUAUUGAGUUAAAUUUGGUAUAAAAAAAGCCAAAAAUAUCCACAAAAGUUGGUACCUUUUUCAAACGCAAUAGGAGUUUGUUUGUUUCCAUUUUCAAAUUCAGAACCCCUUUUUGUUCCUUUCCCACAUCAAAAUUUCUGGGUUCAUUCAAACCCUCAAAAAAAAAAAAAAAAAAUUGUCCUUUUCUCUUCCCUCUUCAUCAAAUUCUCUUUAUUACAACCAUUAAUCUCAUAACCCUUGAUGGGUUUUUCUCUUUGAUCAUAAACAAACAAGGGUUUGUGAAAAAAAAUUAUUCUUUUUCAUUUUUCACGUUUUCUCUACUUUCAAAUCGUACUGAACUCAACGCAGGUGGAGGAGUUGUUCGUCGGAACAGAGCUCCACACCGCCCCGCCGUGGCAGUGAUUGACAAUAUAGCAUAAAAAUGAAGUCUUCUACGGAUGAUGAACAUGAUGAAGAAAAUGUGAAGUUGUUGGAAAAAAGCAGAGAAAGAGGUUCAAGAAAUGGAAGGGUUGUUAAAGUUCAUAAUCAAGCUUUAUUAUCUGGACUUGCUUAUUGUCUUUCCUCUUGUGGCAUGAUUUUAGUUAACAAAUUUGUACUAUCUAGUUAUGAUUUUAAUGCUGGAAUUUCCUUAAUGGUUUAUCAGAAUUUCAUUUCGGUGAUCAUUGUUUCUGUGUUGAGCCUUCUGGGUUUAGUUUCAACUGAACCAUUGACAUGGAGGUUGAUUAAAGUUUGGUUACCUGUCAAUGUUAUAUUUGUUGGAAUGCUAAUUACAAGCAUGUUUAGUUUGAAAUACAUUAAUGUAGCUAUGGUGACAGUCUUGAAGAAUGUUACUAAUGUCAUAACCGCUGUUGGUGAAAUGUACUUGUUCAAGAAGCAGCAUGAAGGCAGAGUCUGGGGUGCUCUAUUUCUGAUGAUCAUUUCAGCAAUAACUGGAGGGAUUACUGAUCUCUCUUUUAAUGCAACGGGCUAUGCGUGGCAGACACUAAACUGUUUCUUAACCGCAUCAUAUUCUCUGACCCUACGGAGGGUCAUGGAUACGGCAAAGCAAUAUACUAAAUCUGGAAAUUUAAAUGAGUUUUCGAUGGUCUUGUUGAACAACACUCUCUCUUUGCCUUUGGGAAUUUUCCUGAUUGUUGUUUUCAAUGAGGUGGAUUAUCUCCUAACAACGCCACUUCUGAGAUUGCCUAGCUUUUGGUUAGUGAUGACAUUUAGUGGAAUUCUGGGUUUAGCAAUUAGCUUCACAUCGAUGUGGUUUCUUCAUCAGACAGGAGCUACAACUUACAGUCUUGUUGGUUCAUUGAAUAAGAUACCACUUUCAAUUGCUGGCAUCUUUCUCUUUAAAGUUCCUACUAGCGUGGAGAACUCAGCCAGCAUUUUAUUCGGACUUUUAGCAGGAGUACUUUUCGCUAGAGCCAAAAUCAGGGAGAGAUCACAAACCUGAGUAGCAGUAUAAGGAAUUUUUCGUAGAUAUGAUGAUUUCUGGGGUGAAGUUAGAAAUUCAAUCUGGUAUUUUAAGGUGUCAUCAAAUGAUCAAAGAGAUGACAUAAGUUAAGCUAACUUUCCACCCUUUAAAAAGCGAGUUUGUGAUUGCUUCUAUAUGAGGGAGAGUUUUUGGUCCCCGUUCGUUUGGAUUAAAUUGGCGAAGAGUUGCUUUUGCUUGGAUUGCAUUGCACUGGAAGAAAAAUUUGUCACCAACGUUUUUAUGUUGGAUUCUGUAUCAUGUGACUUUAUUGUUCCUAUGUAUCACUUAACAAUUUGUUUUGAUGAGAAAAUUAUCAUGAAAAAUGUAAAGGGAAAAAGAAGAGUUGAUCUUGCAUCUUAAGACAAAGGUUA